CGGCGGUCCAUGGACCGGAACCCCGGGCGGACCGGCAGGAACCCGGGCCGCGAUCGCCGCCUCCCGGCCCCAGGCUCCUCCUCCUCGUUCCCCGCCGCCCUCUGGCCUGCCGUGCCGCGCGCCGCCGCCGCCGCGGGCCUGUCAGAGCAGCGCCGGGAGGCUGUGUGGCGGGGCCGCGGGCGCCGCGGGACUGAGGCCUACUCCGCCGCGUCUCAGUGCUAUUGUCCCCGGGCCUGGCCCUGAGCGGGGCUGCGGCCGAGGGCCGAACUCGCCGGCUCCGCGGAAGAUGCCGGACCAAGCCCUUCAACAGAUGCUGGACAGAAGUUGCUGGGUGUGUUUUGCCACUGAUGAAGAUGAUAGAACAGCUGAAUGGGUGAGACCAUGCAGAUGCAGAGGAUCUACUAAGUGGGUUCACCAGGCUUGUCUGCAACGCUGGGUGGAUGAAAAGCAAAGAGGAAACAGUACAGCUAGAGUGGCAUGUCCUCAGUGCAAUGCUGAAUACCUAAUAGUUUUUCCAAAGUUGGGUCCAGUCGUUUAUGUCUUGGAUCUUGCAGAUAGACUGAUCUCAAAAGCUUGCCCUUUUGCUGCAGCAGGAAUAAUGGUUGGAUCUAUCUAUUGGACAGCUGUGACUUAUGGAGCAGUGACAGUGAUGCAGGUCGUAGGCCAUAAAGAAGGCCUAGAUGUCAUGGAGCGAGCUGACCCUUUAUUCCUUUUGAUUGGACUUCCUACUAUUCCUGUCAUGCUGAUACUGGGCAAAAUGAUCCGCUGGGAGGACUAUGUGCUUAGACUAUGGCGCAAAUAUUCCAAUAAACUGCAAAUUCUGAACAGUAUAUUUCCAGGGAUUGGUUGUCCUGUUCCUCGAAUUCCAGCUGAAGCUAAUCCUUUAGCUGAUCAUGUCUCUGCUACCCGAAUUUUGUGUGGAGCCCUUGUCUUUCCUACUAUUGCGACAAUAGUUGGUAAACUGAUGUUCAGUAGUGUUAACUCAAAUUUACAAAGGACAAUCUUGGGUGGAAUUGCUUUUGUUGCCAUAAAAGGAGCAUUUAAGGUUUACUUCAAACAGCAGCAAUAUUUACGUCAGGCACACCGCAAAAUCCUAAAUUAUCCAGAGCAAGAAGAAGCAUAAAACUGACUUCUGUUGUUCUGAGGCCUCUCAUCCUGACGAGCCUGGCGUGUUGUUCUGAUUCCAUCAUUAAUGUACUAGUGGAGACUGGUGAUAAGUACUGCUCCUAUAUUUUUAAGAAAUAUAAUAAAGCACGCAAAGCAGGGGAUCCUCUCAGUAAUCACAGAACCUAAGGAUACGAUUCAACUUGGUUAUUUAUAUGUACUGCUUUGACGGCUGUCGACUAAACCAUUAUUUUAGCAUGGUAAACCUGGGUUUGUUCAUAUUUUUCCAGACAAAAAUGUAAAGAUAAAACUGUAUAAAUAUUAAAAAUGGACAUGCUGUUUUAUUCUGAUGCCUCUUUUGUAUAUACUCAUGUUCAGUGUUUUCUUAGAAACAGCAACUCAAUGAAGGUCCUGUGAGGAUUUUCCUCACUGGCAUAAUCUGAUUACAUGCUAAACAGGAGCCUGUGCUAAUAUGAUGAUAUGUAAAUUAGUUCUGAAUAAAUAACAAACCAAAAAAUAUAUAUGUGAGCAUUGAAAUGAUCAUCCGAACAACAGAGAUUCUGUUGCCUUUUCCUUAACCCAUGUGACGUCUCAGAUAUAUAGGGUCAGUUUCCAGGGCUUCCAGAUCACUUUUUCACUAUUAAAGUUUAUUUAUGCAAUGUUGACAUCAUAGUUCAUGAUGUAAUUUUGACCCAUGUAUUCAUCGUUGUCGUGUGUGUGUGUGUGUGUGUGUGUGUGUGUGUGUAUCUGAGGGGUUGUUCAGAAAAGGUGGGAGGGAGGGCGGCAAGGGAGGGACAGGAGAAAUGAGGUAGAAGGCCUGUGUCACUCAGUGUUUUUAAAUCCUGUAUUUGUAGGACUUGGGGCUGCCAGUUAGUAAUUUAAACAGAGAAUAACUUGGAAAAAAAAAUAAUAAAAUUGCUGGGGUUUUUUCAUUGAUUCAGUUAUUUAGAUAUUUGUUAAUUGCCUCCCAUUUACUCAGCCACUGCAGGGUGCUGUGGGAUACAGUGGUGAAUAAGAUAAACUUGGUCCCAGCUCUGACAGUUUGCAAUCUGUUAGAACAAGCAGUAAGUGACCCAAACUGUGGUCUUGAGCGUUUCGUGAAUCUCAGUCAGUGAGGUAAUUAUGAGAGCAAGUCUUUAAUAGAGUAUCCAGGUGUUGGUUUGGCUAUAUCCAUUUAUAAGAUAACCAAUACUGAUGUGUUUAGGGUGUUUUGUUUUUGAGUCAGGGUCUCUCACAUAGGCUAGUCUCAAUCUUCCUAGGUAUCUGAAGAUGACCUUGAACUCCUGCUCCUCCCAAUUAUAGGCUGCUUUUUAUACAGUGCUGAGGAUCGAACCCAGGGCCUUCUGCAUGCUAGGUAAACACUACAAUUGAGCUACAUCACCAGCCCUCUUUUAGAUCCUGAUUGUCAUAUUAAGGGGGCUAGCUCCUUAAUAGUCUUUGUUUAACUAGUUAUGUAUUUAUUGUUCAAAAGCAGUUACUUGGGUCAUGUUAAAUAGUGACCAUUCUACUGUUCAGCGAUCUGAGUGUUCUUUUACUUAUUUUCAUUGAUUAAAAUGAAAAUUUUAAAGCUUAAAAAACACUGUUCACAGUGUGUGGUGCAUGAUAAUAAAUGGUCCCCUACUGAGAAAUCGGUACUUUAGGAGUGUAACAAAUAUAAAUUGAGCUGGGUUAGAUUGUAAAUAAAACAUACUUUUAGUAAAGACUGAUAUCUUUCUAAAGGUUGAAUAACUCAGUUUUGAGUUUUAUGGUAUCUGUGAAUGACUAUUGAACAUCCAGAGUUGUAAUUAUCUAGGGUAUAAGGGACAAUUUGACUGAAUUAACCUAACACUGCUGUUCUAAAGAGAAAAUAUGAACUCUGAUUAUAAAUAAAAAUAACUUAGAUAUUUAGCUGCAAUUAUGACAUAUAUUGACUUUUAUAAUUCCCAAUGUGAAAAGACAUACUAAAGAAUGACCUUGAUAAUUUUGUUAAAUUGAGCAGCACUUACAGUUAUGCAAGCACUCAAUUCCCUACAUAUUACUUUAAUGUCCAAGAUGGGCUUGAUUGGCAUCAAGGUCCAUGAAGGGCAAGGAAGCAGCUCUAAUCCCUUGGGGGCAGGAGGUAGAACUUUGUAGAGUAAUGGGGAAGGAACCACAAGUGCCUGCAGAGAGGAAAGAAUGCUAGUCUUGCAACUGAAUAGUUUCAAAUCUUAAGAGCCUUAUUCCAAGAAAAUAACCCAUGCCAGUCCUGCCUGGAUGGUGGCCACCCAACCAUGAAGCAAAAACAUGGGCAGAAUUAAAGCUGGGUAGGUAGCUUUAAGAGCCUAGUUCAAGUUUUAAUAACUGUAGUGUAUAACCAUGGCAAAAUGGCUGCUUGGCCACAGUUAUUUUCAUCUCUAAAAUGCAAAUCACACUUAGACAAUUUCUAGGAUUAGCUGAGAAAGGACAGAGAUACUUUAGGCCUCGAUAGCUCCUAAACAGUGGUGGUCUGCUCUCUAGGACAGGACAGUAAUAAACAGAACAGUAGAGAUUUUGGGAAUAUGUGAGUAUACUGUUCUCCAAUUUAUUUUCAUAUUGUUUUUGUUAUUUCUAGAAAUGUCAAUGUUUUAAACCUCUUUUUAUAAAAUUCAAUGUUUAGUAAAAUUCUAUUGUAGAAGUUAACUCCAUCUAAAUGGCUGAAAAUAUUGUUCAUUAUGUACUUACCAAAUGAUUGAAAAAUAUAUAAUCAAAUUUAGUGACUUUAUUAGUCACUGCCUUGCUAAUUCUGCUGUAAUUUUUUUAAAAUAUCUUGUUUUUAAUAUAGAAAACUCAAUACUGGCUGGAUUAGGUUGAAUAAAGAAUUUUUAUGCUC